CGGACUAGCCCACGGGAGCAGCGACGAUGGCGCACGCCCAUGGCCGCCCACCGCCGCCGGAGUAGGGGGGGGGGGGGGGGCAAGCCGACGGCCGGAGCAGCCUCCUCCUCGUCCUCCCCCACCGCCUCCAGCGUCAAGCUCGGCCCUAACGGCGCGGUUUUUGUCUCCUCCGGGAUCCCCGACCUCGGCAGUUUUGUUGCAGUGAUUCUGGGUGGCGGUUUCGUCAUCUGUUUGGUUGUGAUGGUCAUGGAGGACUCCGACGCGCCGCACCACCUCCUCCUUCUCCGGGCUUUUAUUUCGCAGGGUGUCGUGCACAAGCAGCCCCUGCUCUUCGCAAAGCCUAUGAAGGAGCCCCGCUCAUUCCUUAGCGCGCUGCCUGCUCCGCUCAUGUCCUCGAAGGAAGAAUCAUGUCAACGAGCGAUAGAGGAGCAAGUGUUAGUGAUGAGGGUUUGAGGAUCGCUUGGCAGUACAGGAAAUAUUUUGGGGACGAGAGGACCUCUGGUGCUAAACACAGAGACAGCAAGCAGGAGUUCAGUAAUGAUUUUGAUUUACGGAAGCGCUUGGAAUGGCAUUUACUUAAUGCACAGCAUAUUCAAUGUUUAAGUACUCAAGUUGUAGACACUCUCAGUGACCUCCAGAAUCGUUGUUCCACUUUUUUAUACAAGCAUCCAAGGUGAGGCUAAUUCUUGGAUCUGUGGUUGAAAAUUUUAUUCUCAAGGAAUACCAUUCAAAGUUUGCAGUACCUUGUUAUCGCAUAUUACUCUACGUCAAGGUGACAUUAAUUGUCUAUAGAUCCGCAUGAUGUUUAUUUUUAAGUAACACAAUUGUUGUUGUCUUAAACUGCAUGCAUCUUCCUUGUACUGCAUGUUAACACUCUUGGAUUUCCUGUAUUCUGAAAAGAUGGUGGAACUCUGAAUGCUGGAUGAAUUGCUAUAUAUUCUCUGUGUGCACCACAGUGUGGAUAUUUUGUAAAGGCAAGUAUUUGAUUGAAAUGGUAUAUGGUUGGUUACUUGCUUAUGCAGUGCCUUAAAAAUUGGAGCCCAUUUAUGCCCUUUCACCCUUCUAAAUUAAUACUGAUGUAGUUGAUCAUAUUUGUACGCAUUGCAGGACUUGGACAUGGUCUCGUUUAUAGAUCACUGAAGGCUACGAUGCGCGCUUCUAACAUCGUUGCCGUCAUGACAUUUCCAUACACAGUAUCAAAUUCCUUCUGCAAGAGAUGGCAGCAUCUGGCAGACACGCUGUUGUCGGAAAAGCAAUUCCA